AUAAUUUUCAAUAUGGCCACUGCUAUGAGUGGAGUUUUCUGAAAUAGUUUAUGAUUUUGAUUAAUUGUUUUGUACGGGUAUUUGUACUUUGCGAUAUUUAAUAAUUUUUGAGGACUGAAUCGAGUAUUUUUGUGAAAAAUAAUAAAUAUGAGUGCUCCUUUAUUUGCAUGUUCGCGAUGUUUCGCUCGUUACCCUUUUGAGGAGUUAUCCGCAGGUCAACAACUUUGUAAAGAAUGUCGCGGUGCAUUUCCAGUAGUGAAAUGUACAUAUUGCCGGUCGGAAUUUCAACAGACAUCAAAGGGUAGUACUAGUGCAAUUUGCAAAAAAUGCGAACAGAAUGUUAAGGCUUAUGGGAAACCUACGGCCUGUGAAUAUUGUAAUAUUAUAGCAGCGUUUAUCGGUAACAAGUGUCAAAGAUGCACAAAUUCUGAAAUUAAGUAUGGUCCUCCUGUAAAUUGUGAACAGUGCAAGCAAAAAUGCGCCUUUGAUAGGCAAGAUGAUGACAAGAAGGUCGAUGGCAAAUUAUUGUGUUGGUUAUGUACUUUAUCAUUUAAAAGAGCUCUUGCAAAGACUAAACAAGGAGAUGCAGAGAGGAGAGCUCAGCUUAAAAUGUCACAAAUACAUAAGAAACACAAGGAUGGAAAACUACGUGGUCACAACAAGAGACCUAACAGACCUGAUGUUACUAAAAUGCCAGUACCCGACGAGCAGCCACCAAAUAAAGUGGCUCGUAAUAAUACUGCCCCAGGAAUGGUAAGAACUGAUCUGGAUCCCAACAGUUCGGAUCAUGUAGUCGCAAUGACUCAGCUUAAAGAACAGAUUGCCAGCCUUAAAAAGCAAAUUACGCAAAAAGAUUCUCAGCUUUUAGGAAAAGAUAAAAUGAUUACUGAACUGAAAGCGAAACAUUUUACUACAGAAUCUGAAUUGCGGGUAAAAAUGAAGACUAGCCUAAAAGAACACGAAGACAAAGUAGACACGCUGAAUAAAAGAAUAUCGGGCCUAUUAAAACAGGUCGCAGGUCUUUCGAAAACGGCGAAAAAGGGCUUAAAAGGAGAUUUAACAGUUACUUCAGAUGCGAAUAAUAGCAGUGGAACAGACAGUCCCAGUAUACAAUAAAUUGUUAUUCUUUAUAUGGUAAGGAAGAAAUUAAAUUAAUUUUGAUAUUCACUUUAUAUUUUAUAAAAAAAAUCAAUGUCAUUAAGCGCUUACUAAAGUCUUUAGUAAGAAAAAUUGAGGAUUAGAAGUGUCUUAAUGUAUUUAUUUAAGUGUUCUUAAAUUAUUUAUUUUAUUGAUAUAUUAAUAGAAUUUUUGUCGUUCGUAAAAGUCUGCAUAGAUUACCAUUUAUCUGAAAUUAUUUCCUAAUUUAUAAUAAUUGAAGGUUUGACGAUAUACCAAUGAAAAAUAAAAAAUAGAUUAACACCAAAUAGUAAGCAACAAAUAGAAAUAUAUUAUUGAGUUAUCGAAAAACAUAUCUGAACUUUGUUCAGAUGUCAUUUACGACCGAUCAAAACAAUGAUCGUUUCUGGCAAAAGCAUAUGUGCAAAUAUCUCACGUUCCAGUAUAUCACAAAUCUUGACAACAGUAUCGAUCUUGCUUUUCAAUUGACUGUUUCGUUGUUUUUGUACGUUUUGCAUCUAACAUUAAGUGUAUUUUUUGUUAUUUAGUUUGAAGAAAUUAAAUCACAGCCUAUUCAGCACCAGCUAGCUUAAGUAUUCGCUUGUCACCUACUGCGAAUCUCCAUACAAAUGAUCGUCAGCUAGCUGCUUAUGAAUAAGCUGGAAAUAAAUUAACGUGUAUUUUGAGUGGUACAAUAAUUAAGAAAGAAAGAAAUAUGUAUUUUUAUUUGAUGUGCAUCCUUAAAAUACUAUCUAUAAUUAUUUGCCGAAAAAUAAAUUAAAAUACGGCCUUUCUUCAAGGUACACGUGACUUUUUUCAAAUCGAGUAUAAAUGAAAUGGAAUAUAAUAAUAUUGACUCAACAUGCUCAAUAAGAAAAUAUAUAACGUU